ACGAGCAGCGCCCGAAAAGAAGUCGAACGGUCGUGAAACCUCCCCGUCUGGAAGAGGCGUUUGCGACGUUAGGCUGAGGUGAUGACCGGCGACGCGGAUUACGGCGGGGUGAAGAUGGCUGAGGAGGAACGGAGUGUGCAGGCAGAGAAACUGAAGGAAAAGGCCAACAAUUACUUUAAAGAAAAAGACUAUGAGAACGCAAUCAAGUAUUACACGGAGGCACUGGACCUAAAUCCAUCCAAUGCCAUCUACUACAGUAACCGGAGCCUGGCGUACCUGCGCACAGAGUGCUAUGGCUAUGCCUUGGCGGACGCCACCCGUGCCCUGGAGAUUGACAAGAACUACAUCAAGGGCUACUACCGGCGGGCCACCUCUAACAUGGCCCUGGGCAAGUUCAAGGCCGCCCUCAAAGAUUACGAGACGGUAGUGAGGGUUCGUCCCAAUGACAAAGAUGCCAAGAUGAAGUAUCAGGAGUGCAACAAGAUUGUAAAGCAGAAAGCCUUCGAGAGAGCCAUCGCCAGUGACGAGCUCAAAAGAUCAGUGGUGGACUCCUUAGACAUCGAGAACAUGACCAUUGAGGAUGAGUAUGCAGGCCCUAAACUUGAAGAUGGUAAAGUAACGUUGAAGUUCAUGAAGGAGCUGAUGGACUGGUUCAAGGACCAGAAGAAACUGCAUCGGAAGUGUGCUUACCAGAUGCUGGUUCAAGUAAAAGAAGUUUUAUCCAAACUGCCAAGUCUUGUUGAAAUUACGUUAAAAGAGACAGAGAAAAUAACCAUUUGUGGGGACACACAUGGCCAGUACUACGACCUUCUAAAUAUCUUUGAGUUGAAUGGUUUACCAUCUCCAACAAAUCCUUAUCUGUUCAACGGUGACUUUGUGGACCGUGGCUCCUUCUCGGUGGAGGUUAUUCUCACACUCUUCGGUUUCAAGCUGCUUUACCCAGAUUACUUUCACCUACUGAGGGGUAACCACGAGACAGACAACAUGAAUCAAAUGUACGGCUUUGAGGGUGAGGUCAAGGCCAAGUACACAGCGCAGAUGUUCCAGCUGUUCAGUGAGGUCUUCCAGUGGCUUCCACUCGCUCAGUGCAUCAACAGCAAAGUGCUGGUGAUGCACGGAGGACUGUUCAGUGAGGACGGCGUGACCUUAGAUGACCUUAGAAAGAUUGACAGAAACAGACAGCCUCCAGACUCGGGUCCUAUGUGCGAUCUCCUGUGGUCAGAUCCUCAACCUCAGAACGGGCGAUCCAUCAGUAAGCGCGGCGUGAGCUGUCAGUUUGGGCCCGAUGUCACCCAGCGCUUCCUGGAACAGAACAAGCUGCAGUACAUUGUGCGCAGUCAUGAGGUGAAGGCCGAGGGCUACGAGGUCACUCACUCAGGGAAGUGCAUCACGGUGUUCUCAGCGCCAAAUUACUGUGACCAGAUGGGAAACAAAGGUGCAUACAUUCACCUCAGGGGAUCUGACCUCAAGCCUGAAUUCCACCAGUUCACUGCUGUGCCUCAUCCGAAUGUUAAGCCCAUGGCGUACGCCAACUCUCUAUUGCAGUUGGGAAUGAUGUAGAGGCACUCGAGUUGUUCAUCCGUCUCUCAGCAGCUGUUCCUCUCUCAAGUCCACACCAGUCCCUCCAGAAACGUCACACACUCUUCUCAUUCCUGUUUUGCACAAGUGGUUUGUCUCUCACACACAAGCGCUCGUGGUAUUCAGAGUAGCAGGGGGAAACCUCGAAUCAAAAGCAGUGUUCGUGCUUUGACGGUAAAACAAAAAAAAAAAGAAAAAGAAAAGCCGAGUGGGAAUUUCCUGUUCGUUAUCCACUUUGAAAAAAAGAUGAAAUGUCUCUUCUUCUCCCUCUCUGUUUUUUCACAUCUGUAGAGCUGCUAGGUUUUUAAUAAAAUUUGAGUGGUUGAUUGUUCAGCCGUAGGACUCGAGGAGCUGGAUUGUACCAAAGACCUGGGGCCCUGCGUGUCAAGUGACUCAGAGAAAGGGGUCGGAUGGGCAGUCACAAUGGCUCUGAGUUGGUUGACACAUUUUAUGGGUCCUGAAUUUGAACCGAUUUAGAAAUGUCACCCCCCUGUAAGUGAAUUUUCAUUCGUCAUAAUUCCCCACCCCGCAUUCGAAGCUUCUCUGGGAGAGACGACAAUGUUUUUCUGUGAUACUGUAGCAGUGAAAAUCGUUCUGUGCUGCUUGGUUUCAUAACCAGACACCUCCAUGCGUGCGUCACCUCUCUGUAUAGUAGAGCCAGGUUUGGAGGGGUUCCAGAAGCUGUCUCAGGAGACUUCACUAUAAAUGUCUUGUAAUCAGACUGUUGUCCGUCAUUUAAGUGUGUUAAAACACGAAACAGUUGUACAGAUUACACGCCUCUUCUGUUCCCAGCACUUACUACUACUUCAGCUCUCUUUCCGUUUUUUUUUUUUUUUGUAUGGGGACGGUACAGUAUUGUUAAGCUCACUGUCAGUUGUUCUCUGUUCAGUUGGUUUGCAGCUCCCACGUGUUUCUCUCCCAGCUCGCUCAACUGAAAUGCACUGGAGAUUGCUGUAUUCCCCCCACCGUAUGUCCGUUUGUUUAGCUACCCCCCGCCUCCCACCCCAGUGUGGAUUUGUGACAGAUCAUGGCAGAUGUUCAGAAACCCAUCUUCCUCUCUUAAAUACGCACAGCAGCCAUACUCCCCAUGCCCCUGACUUUUUAGAUAAUAUUAUAUACACAAAUGUGUAUGUAUAUACAGUAUAUAAUGUAACAUUAAAAAAAAAAAAAAACUCCCUGUGUACAUGUUUGGAAAAGAAAGUUAUUGAAUAAAAAAA